AUGGAUGCAGAUUCAGAUGAUUUUCAAAUGGGUGGUUUCACAUGGCAUCUAAAUGCAAGCAUGGGAAAACCUGGCGAACCUGAUGAACUAGGGUUUUAUCUGAUUUUGAAUGAUGCCAAUCAUAAAUUGGUCAAGGUGGAUUUUGUGAUAGACGUACAAUUCCCUCGUCUACUAACUGCACCCAAAGGCCACAUAGAUUAUGUUUUUAGACACAAGAGCAAUGGAUUUGGAUAUCCUCUCGGCUCACAUCAUGUAAACCAUUUGAAUCACAAUGAUUCUGUCACUGUUAAAUUCAAAGGUCACGUCGUGACAGUCAAAAAAAACUAA